UUCCGCGCUGGCGGCAGUGAGACGGGCGCCGAGCGAGCAGCGCGCGGAGGGUCCCGCGGCCCGGGCGGUGAUGGAGCCGCGGUGCCGGCAGGGGGCGCGCUGCGCCCCUCACUAAGAUGGCGCCGCCGCCACCGAACAGCGGCAACGUCACUUCCGGGGUCUGCCCCGCCCCGCGGCCGGCGGGAAGGCUGAGGUUGGGGCUGUGGAGUGGUGGUGGUCGAGCCGCCCCCGGCGGUUACUGCGCCGCGCCCCCUUUGCAGGCUUUUACACAUCAAGUCUCGGGCAGCAGAACGGCACAAGGAACACGCGGAGCUCCUUUCCAGGCGUCCCCACGAGCCCAGCUGCUGCCCAUGGGCAGCACGGCCCUGCGCUUCCUGCAGCCCGUGAGGCACAGCAUGGCCGCAGGGCUGAGCGGCCCCCCGCGCCAUGUGAGGCCCCCGAGACUUGUGCUGGGCAUCGAAACCAGCUGUGACGACACGGGCGCGGCGGUGCUGGACGAGGCGGGAACGGUGCUGGGAGAAGCGCUGCAGAGCCAAAAGGAGGUCCACCUCAAAGCAGGUGGAAUAAUUCCUCAUGUAGCACAGCAGCUUCACAGAGAAAGCAUCCAGCAAGUAGUAAAGGAAGCACUCAGUGCCAGUGGAGUUUCUGUAAAUGAACUUGCUGCUAUUGCAACUACAGUGAAACCAGGACUUGCGCUGAGCCUGGAGGUGGGACUGCAGUACAGCUUACAGCUGGUGGACAGGUACCAGAAGCCUUUCAUACCCAUUCAUCACAUGGAGGCUCACGCACUUACCAUCAGACUGACAGAGCAAGUAGAAUUUCCCUUCUUAGUUCUUUUACUCUCCGGAGGUCACUGCAUCUUGGCAGUAGCACGAGGAGUUUCAGAUUUCCUUCUGCUUGGACAGUCCAUAGAUAUAGCACCAGGUGACAUGCUGGAUAAGGUAGCAAGAAGGCUCUCUUUAGUGAAGCACCCGGAGUGCCACAGCAUGGCCGGGGGGAAGGCAAUAGAGCACCUGGCUCAAACCGGAGACUGGCAACAGUACACUUUCAGACUUCCCAUGCAACAGUACCGUAACUGUGAUUUUUCUUUCUCCGGACUUCAGAGCCUUGUCAACAAAGCCAUUCUUCAGAAAGAAAAAGAAGAAGGUAUUCAAGAAGGGGAAAUCCUGUCCUGCGUUAAGGACAUCGCUGCUGCUGCACAGCAUGUAGUGGCUGCUCAUAUUAUCCAGCGGACACACCGAGCCAUGCUCUUCUGCAUGAAAAACAGCAUAUUAUUACCAAAUACUGCAACUCUGGUUGUAUCAGGAGGAGUUGCAAGUAAUCAGUAUAUCAGAAAAGGACUGCAGACUCUGGCAAAUGCAAACGGUUUUGCUUUUCUGUCUCCUCCUCCAAGGCUGUGCACCGAUAAUGGUGUUAUGAUUGCAUGGAAUGGCAUUGAAAGGUUGCGUGCAGGAUGUGGUAUUUUAUACAGUACUGAUGGCAUCCGCUACGAACCAAAAGCUCCCCUUGGAAUUGAUAUUUCCAAAAGAGUUGAAGAGGAUUCCAUCAAAGUGCCAAGACUAAGGAAGAUACAAUGAGAUCUUCCUUGAGCUACACAAAGUAUGCCUUGUAGCUGCAGAAGCAGCAGAGCUCAAGCUAAAAGAAGCAAGAUGUCAGGAAACCAGUGGAGGACGAAGAAGAUACUGCAGAGAUUAUCCCAGAGAUCCCCUGGGAGCAGAGGGAGCCUUAGUCCUGGGGCCACCAACCAUCCCAGCCCUGGUGCACAGGCCACACUGGGCAGCCCUCAGUAGUUGAGGCAAGGGCAGCCUGUUUCUCAAAUAACAAAAGGAAAAGUGCCACGCAUAGAUGGCAGCCCCCAAGAGGCAGUGUGGCCCAGGACCCUCAGCUCUAGCAAUCCAGGUCAGCUCCUCAACGCAUUCCCCCUUCUAUAACCAUAACCUGACAGACUGGAGGAUUCAGUAGGCACUCUGCUGAGGAAGGGUGAAAAGAAGUGCCAGCCUGUGUCUAUCCUCAACUCCACGGAGACCAGCGUUCCCAUCUCCCCUAAGGAUGCAUUCAUAAUGUGUCCAGUAUAAGUACUUACCUACAUGUAUUAUUCUGAUGACUAAAAGUGUGUGUAAAACAAACAAACCAAGCCAAACAUUUUAAAAAAUCCCAAAGAUUUACUGAAUUUACAUAUAAGAUAAAUAAUAUCUUAAGAUGUAGUUUUGUAAUUCAUCUACUAAAAUAACUUCAGUCUGC